GGCUACUUGGCAUCGCUGCCCGAACGGCCAGUUGAGAAGGGUGUGGCCAGCCGCGAGCUACGCUCCUCUCUCGGCGGUCCGCUGCCCGAAGUGCCAACGGAUGCCAGGAUAGUCAUUGACGAGCUUGCCGAAACUGCUGAGCAAGGGUUGAUCGCUUCUGGUGGGCCGCGCUACUUCGGAUAUGCCAUUGGUGGUAGUUUUCCUGUCUCACUUGCUGCUGACUGGCUCGUCAGCGCCUGGGAUCAGAAUGCUCCCUACUAC